AUGGCCCCGGACUUGGAAGACUGUCCUCUAGUAGUGGAGACCAUCCCUGAUCUGGACCACGUCGAAGUCACUGCCGGCAAUGCACUGGAUGUGGUGGAGAUGAUUGAGGAUUUACUGAGCAACCAUUCAACAAUCAGCUACGACGAGCUGCUCACAGUCCUCAACAAGCUGGAGGACGUUGUUAACCUCAGUGUGGUCACACCAAACCUUGGCCAAGCUCUAAUCAACACCAUCUCUGACAUACUGGAGUCUGACAGCAACCUGCUGCCUUUUACUAACAAGAUCCUGAAUAUCACAGAGGCAGUGGGAGACAGGAUGGUGGGCUAUGAGGGCUCCUCCACCCUGGUUGCUCCGGCCAUUGCUAUCUCAAUGGUGGAUGUGGUUCCUGGACAGUUUAGCAGUUUGACAUUCGGAGUGUCAUCUGAUCGCACUGGCACAAAGCCUGAGAUUUUUAUCAACAGGCAUCCCUUCAACGGCACAGUGGCUUUCAUCUCCCUGCCGUCUGUCCUGCAGCACAAUUUCCCCCAAAACAGCCUGAACCAGAGCCUGCCAAGAGUCCAGUUUCAGUUCUAUGGCAUACCGAUGCUCUUCAAAAGCAGCCAAAAGGAUCAGAUCCUCAACACCUUUGUGGUGUCAGCCAGUGUGACCAACGCCAGCUCUCCGGUCAAAGACCUUGAUGAAGACGUCAAAGUCAUGCUCCACCAUCUUAUACCCAACACGCUUUACGAGGACGUACAGUGUGUGUACUGGAACUUCAAUAAAAACAACGGACACGGAGGCUGGGAUGAUUACGGCUGCAGAAAAUACAACAGCAGCUCCGACUACACAACGUGCUUGUGUGAUCAUCUCACGCACUUUGGAGUUCUUCUGGAUGUCUCUAGGACUCAGGUGGACCCGGCUAAUGAGCAGAUCCUGACCAUUAUCACCUAUGUAGGUUGUGGAGUCUCGUCACUGUUCCUGGGAAUCACUGUCCUCACUUACACAGCUUUCGAGAAGCUUCGUCGAGACUACCCCUCUCAGAUCCUCAUCAACCUGUCCCUGGCCCUGCUUGGCUUGAACCUGGUGUUCCUGGUCAACUCCUGGUUGUCCUCCUGGGGUCUGUACGCCCUUUGUGUCGCCGCAGCAUCCAUGUUGCACUAUUUCCUCCUGGCCUCUUUCACCUGGAUGGGAUUAGAAGCCGUUAACAUGUACUUCGCCCUCGUCAAAGUCUUCAACGUCUAUGUGCCCUCAUAUAUCCUGAAGUUCUGCGCUCUGGGAUGGGGGCUUCCCCUGAUGAUCUGCAUCCUGGUGCUCGUCGUGAACAGGGAGGCCUACGGCAGUCAGCUCUACACAGAUGCUCAGUCGAGCUCACUAGACAACUCUGACAACUUCUGUUGGCUGCAGGACAAUGUGACAUUUUACGUGUCUGUGGUUGCCUACGCCCUGCUGGUCUUUCUCGUCAACAUUGCGGUCUUUGUGGUGGUUUUGAUUCAGAUUCGCCACAUGCGCGUCAACAGCCCAGCUGGAACCCGCAGCGGAUUAAUGCAUGACCUGAAGGGAGCUGCCAGUCUAACCUUGUUGCUUGGACUAACAUGGACUGUUGGCUUCUUUACCUGGGGGCCAGCCAGAGUAGUUAUGUUGUACCUGUUCUCCGGACUCAACACCCUGCAAGGACUUUUCAUCUUCGUCUUCCACUGUCUGAUGAAGGAGAAUGUCAGGAAACAGUGGAGGAUUCACCUCUGCUUUGGACGCUUUCGACUUGAGGAAUACUCAGAGUGGAGCAACUCGGCCUCCGCUGGGGUUGUGGCCAAAUCCAGAUUAAAUCCUCCAAGACCGUCUGCACCAUCGGUCCACUCAGUCAAGUCCAGCUCCACAGAAAGCACAUCAGCUUCCUCCGACUCCAGCCAGAGAGACUCAUCGUGCAAGAGACCAAACCUGGGCCUUUUUAUGAAUUCCCUGGCUCUCCCUCGAGCCCAAAGAGGCCCCUCAGGUACAGGAGCUCUGCCUUCCCAGAGGGGGACGAACCUGACACCUGGCUGGAGGAAUCACAUGCUCGACUAACAAGAACAAAGACGUAACACCCAGGACACACACAUAUGCAUACUUGCAUUUACAUGACAUGACAUGCAAAUUGCAGAAACUGUCAUAGGAAGACUUAAAACUCAAACAGGGGCCUUAACACAGAGAUGUGUAAUCAAUGCAGUGUAGAGAUGAAUGUAACUACAAAGCACCAUUGUAUUCCAGCUUCAUUAGAUAAUUUUAUAAUACGAUUCUACUGUUUUUUGUUUUUGCUAAAUAUUGUAAAAGAGCCUGCAAUUAUGAAGACAUGAGUGGUUGCAUCAGUUCCAAGGAGUUGGUUGCCAAGCAACUGGUGAGUGGAGCCAUGGCGACAAUGAACCACGGUACCCACAGUUUG